GGGGGUGUGUGUGUUUGGGGCUUGGCGUGGAUCAAAGAGGAAGGAAAUAUAAAAGCCAGUAGGAAUACAUAAACCGGGUAUGGAAAACACGAAGAGAGUUCUGGCGACGGGAGAGAAUGGAGGAUGCCAGUCAAGAUGGUCGAAGCCAAGCCUGGAUGACGGUAGAUACAAGUAUUAAAGAAGGAAAGGAAAAUAUAAAAAUAAAACGUAGGGAUAGAUGGAUUGUAUGUGCGUGCAGGCCGAGACGUUCAAACGGGGAUUAGACAACUCCCGGACAUUGGCGAAAAAGUCGGGGAGUCAAAGUUUAGGGGAGGAAAUUUGGGAGGAGGGAGAUAGCAGUGGUUACCCCGGGGGGGCAGCAGGGAAAAAAAAAAGGAUUGAAGCCGGGAGGGACGAUCAUGGACAGAUAGAGAGUAGAUGAAUUGGAGGCGGGGGUCCGGGCAGGAGGGGGGUAGCAGUUAGUCAAUGGGUAGAAAUCCAGGUCAUGGAUGAGUCGAAGAAGUCGAAGCGUCGUCGAAGGCUGCGGAUAUCGGGAGACGAGACGGGAGAUGGCAGCACCGGGACUUGGAACAUCGAGCGACCGGUCGAUGGGUCGAUAGGACCUUUGGGUAGUGGGGAGCUGGUGACGCGGGGCCCGACGAAGGAAAUCGAUGUAUCUAGAACCCCUAGACAUCACCACCAGACACCAGACGCGUUUACGAGUCUACGAAUGAGCGGGUCCACCCCUGACUGCCGAUCUUGGCCCACUUCCGUCGCACUAACCUCAGGCCAGCAACCUAUUAAAGGCGGGGCCAUGCAGGUUUCGCUCAGAGUAAAUGAUGGCCCCGAGAUCAAGUCUCUUGAUGUCGCCUGGACCGCGUUGUCGUAUAAGGUACGAGCAGGUCACCCCAUUCCGCCAUUCCGGAACCCAUUUUUCAUCUUGUUCCAAUGCACCCGGGCUUAUCAACUCCGCAAGAAUGAACCGAUCAGCCAACCCAUCGGCCUCAAUGCCCGGUUGGAACAGUUCAAAACACUUUCCCUACUCCGUACUGCGUACUGCGUGCGUGCCUUGGACACAAACGGUUUGAAACGCUCCCGGUGAUCAAAAUGCGUAGAUCACAUCAAACAAUCCGCCGGGACCACGGAUUGACCACGGAUUGAUCCAGGCAAUCAAUCCGGUUGAUACGUUUCGUCGUUGCGGCUCAGACACCGUUUCGCCGCCCCUUUUCCCGUCCCUCCGUCGUACAUGUACUACCACCACCACUGUACUGUACCUUACCUUAUGUAUUCGUACACCCGCCCAUGACGGAGGCAGCCAAACCUGGAGACGGUCAAGGUCCCACGGCAGUUCAUCGAGUUCGUUUUGUCCCUCGAGGGUCUUGGCCCCCGGGAGGUCCCAAGAUUCCAGACCCAUCCCAAAAGGCUUGAUUUGACCCCUGCCUCGGAAUAGGCGCCAAUUCAUCAUGAUCUGCGCCAUCAACACAAUGUGAACAACGAACGCGAAUCAAUUGAUU